GUACUCUUCCUUUCUUUAUCAAUUCGUUAUUGCAAUGGCAACCCGUAGAGCUUUGACGCUUCUUUCGCACAAAAGUAAAAUAAGCUCAUCUCUAUUUCUAAAAGUCCAACCGAGGCUCCCCGUUUAUAAUAGUAGUAAAAGACUCUAUACCAACUUUUCGGUACCUAGACAGCUACCAGCAGUACCUGAAACCACCAUAGCAAAUAGUUCAUCUCGUUCUAACAACCAUGAUCCGCACGACUCUACAAGAGCGGCAGAAAUAAAAGACGCCAAGCUGAUAUUCAAUCAAGCAUGGAAGAACAUUGAGGACCAUUACGGCAGGGAGAAUAUCCAUUUACCUCGCGAAUUCAUUUUCUUAAUGGGAGCACCAGGGUCGGGAAAAGGGACUCACACUCCUUCUAUUUUACGUGCACGUGGCAUUACAAACCCUCCCAUUUCUGUGUCGCAAUUACUCCAGACGCCCGAGUGUAAAGAGUUGAUAAAUCAAGGCCAAAUGAUAUCAGACAGAUAUGUAAUUGAACUGAUUUUACAUGCCAUGUUGGACUGUGACCCAACUGUCGGUGUCCUAGUUGAUGGUUUUCCUCGUACGGAUAUACAAGUAGAGGCAUUGAAGCUACUCCAUGACCGUAUGACGGAACUUCGAAGAGAAUUUUGGGAUACAGAUAAAAGAGACCAAUAUCCUCGUCCUGUAUUUCGCAUUUGUGUUUUAUAUGUGGACGAAGAAAUAUCUGUCCAAAGACAACUUGCACGUGGUAGAAUGAUACGCGAGCAUAACAUCGAAGUAAAAAAGUCAGGACAAGGUGUAUUUUGGGAUGAGCGUGUAACUGAUAACGAUGAAAGUUUGAUUCGUGAGAGAUAUUCAAUUUUUAAGGCACAUUAUGGCUCACUAUUGAAAUUGUCUAAAAUGUUUCCCUUCCACUUAAUUAAUGCGACUGGUUCAAUUAAAGAAGUUUUGCAAAUUAUUUUGAAGGAGUUCGAAUAUCAGUCCUCGUUGGAACUAGAUUCGGACACCUUUGACUCAAUCUCUCAUAUACCGGUUGCCACACAGAUUGGUAUUCAUGCUAGACAAGACCUCAUAAGCAGAUUGGAACAUUAUCAAGAUACUGAACCCGAUAUGUUACACAAAGCUAUCCGCUUUAUAGAUGAUAACGUCAUUCCCCAAGUGCAUCGUCAUUCAAUCAGUGGACAUGCAAACAUUAGAACUGAAGAGCCACUAAUGGGUAAGGAGCACUUUGCUGCUAUUGUUAUGGAUGUAUUAUCGGAGCGUGGUUACCAUGUUUCCUUUGAUCGCAGGCUGCAUCAUGUACCUACCAGUGUUGAUUUGAAGACAGGAAAAAUUGAGUUAGAUACUCAUCAUAUUUAUUUAUUGACUGUCGAGUAUCCCAAGCACUAUAUCCGUGCUUUAGAGCAGAAAUUUAAUUAAAAAUAGAACCAAAAAGAUGAUUUUCAUAGUUACUGCAAUUUACUUCACUAACAGCUAC